GCACCGCUCCGCGGACUUUUUUUCAAACUCCUCUCAUCAAUGAGACUUCGAGGAGGAGCGGGAGGCGGCGGCGGCGGCUACAGAGGACGCGGAGGAAGGCGAGGAGGAGCCAGAGGAAGGAGCGCGGGCCGUGCGUAGCAUCGCAGCCGCCCGGAGCGGCUGGCCUGGUGUCCUUAGGGACUGCCGGGGUCCCCCGCCCGCCUUGGUCCCCUCCUCUGCCUGGCCAGCCCCGCCCCGGCGGCCGGAGCCCCCGCACUCGGUAGCCCCACUCCAGCCAAGUUGGGAUGGGGCCCUGCAACCACUGCCCGGAGCCCGAGCGGCCACCUGCGUGCUAGAGGCAAACUUUUGUCUCCUCGGGUCUGCCACCAAAGAGUAUGAACCGCUGAGAUGGAGACCUCGGCCCCAGCCCCUGCACUGGAGAAGAAAGAAGCCAAAAGUGGUCUCUUGGAGGAUAGCAGCUUCCCCGACCCAGGGAAAAAGGCCUGUCCUCUGGCGGUGGCCGCAGCUGUGGCAGCCCAAGGAGUUCCUCAGCAGCUCCUGCCGUCUUUCCACGCGCCUUUGCCGAUUGACAUGAGACACCAGGAGGGAAGGUACCAUUAUGACCCUCACUCUGUCCACGGCGUACACGGGCCUCCCAACCUAAGUGGCAGCCCUGUCAUCUCAGACAUCUCCUUGAUACGACUUUCUCCACAUCCUGCUGGCCCUGGAGAAUCACCCUUUGGCGCCCACCACCCCUACAUGAACCCUCAUGUGGAGCACUAUCUCCGGUCUGUGCACAGCAGCCCCACACUCUCCAUGAUCUCCGCCGCCAGGGGCCUCAGCCCUGCUGAGGUGGCCCACGAACAUCUGAAGGAGAGGGGACUAUUUAGCCUCGCUGCCCCAGGCACCAACCCUUCAGACUAUUACCACCAGAUGACCCUCAUGGCAAGCCACCCCACACCCUAUGGGGACCUGCUAAUGCAGAGCGGGGGUGCUGCUAGUGCACCCCAUCUUCAUGACUACCUCAACCCUGUGGAUGCAUCACGAUUCUCCAGUCCACGCGUGACCCCGCGACUGAGCCGCAAGCGGGCUCUGUCCAUCUCCCCGCUCUCAGAUGCCAGCCUCGACCUGCAGCGCAUGAUCCGGACCUCUCCCAACUCGCUGGUAGCUUACAUCAACAAUUCCAGGAGCAGCUCAGCAGCCAGUGGUUCUUAUGGGCAUCUGUCGGCCGGUGCCCUUAGUCCGGCCUUCACUUUCCCCCACCCCAUCAACCCCGUGGCCUACCAGCAGAUCCUGAGCCAGCAGCGGGGCCUGGGCUCAGCCUUUGGACACACACCACCCCUGAUCCAGCCUUCGCCCACCUUCCUGGCCCAGCAGCCCAUGACCCUCACCUCUAUCAGCACCAUGCCUACCCAGCUCAGCAGCAACUCCCUAAAUGAUGCCAACCAGAACAAGCAGAACAGUGAGUCAGCUGUGAGCAGCACCGUGAACCCCAUCACCAUUCAUAAGAGGAGCAAGGUCAAGACGGAGGCUGAGGGCUUGCGGCCUGCAUCCCCGCUUGGUCUGACACAGGAGCAACUGGCGGAUCUCAAGGAAGACCUGGACAGGGAUGACUGUAAGCUGGAGGCUGAGGUGGUCAUCUACGAGACCAACUGCCACUGGGCAGACUGCACCAAGGAAUAUGACACGCAGGAGCAGCUGGUGCAUCACAUCAACAACGAGCACAUCCACGGGGAGAAGAAGGAGUUCGUGUGCCGCUGGCAGGCCUGCACGAGGGAGCAGAAGCCCUUCAAGGCCCAGUACAUGCUGGUUGUCCACAUGCGCAGGCACACGGGAGAGAAGCCGCACAAGUGCACGUUCGAAGGCUGCUCAAAGGCCUACUCUCGCCUGGAGAACCUGAAGACACACCUGCGUUCCCACACAGGGGAGAAGCCAUAUGUGUGCGAACAUGAAGGCUGCAACAAGGCCUUCUCCAAUGCCUCGGACCGCGCCAAGCACCAGAACCGCACUCACUCCAACGAGAAACCCUACAUCUGCAAGAUCCCAGGCUGCACCAAGAGGUACACAGACCCCAGCUCGCUCCGCAAGCAUGUGAAGACCGUCCAUGGGCCAGAUGCCCACGUCACCAAGAAACAGCGUAAUGAUGUGCACGUCCGCGCUCCACUGCUCAAGGAGAAUGGGGACAAUGAGGCCAGCGCCGAGCCAGGUGGCCGGGGACCGGAGGAGAGUGGGGAGGCCAGUAGCACCAGCCACGCCGUGGAGGACUGCCUACACAUCAAAGCCAUCAAGACAGAGAGCUCCGGGCUGUGCCAGUCCAGCCCCGGAGCCCAGUCAUCCUGCAGCAGCGAGCCCUCUCCCCUGGGCAAUGCCCCCAACAAUGACAGUGGCAUGGACAUGCCAGGGACAGGGCCCGGGAGUCUGGGAGACCUGACAGCACUGGAUGACACGUCUCCAGGAGCGGACACCUCAGCCCUGGCUGCACCCUCCACCGGCGGCCUGCAGCUGCGCAAACACAUGACCACCAUGCAUCGCUUUGAGCAGCUGAAAAGAGAAAAGCUCAAGUCACUGAAGGAUUCCUGCUCAUGGGCCGGCCCAGCUCCACACGUCCGCAACACCAAACUGCCUCCCCUCCCAGCGAAUGGUUCUGUCCUGGAAAAUUUCAACAAUACUGGGGGCGGUGGACCGGCGGGUCUGCUGCCCAACCAGCGGCUACCAGAGCUGACCGAAGUGACGAUGCUGAGCCAGUUGCAGGAACGAAGAGACAGCUCCGCCAGCACCAUGAGCUCCGCCUACACUGUGAGCCGCCGCUCCUCUGGAAUCUCCCCAUACUUCUCCAGCCGUCGCUCCAGCGAGGCUUCGCCUCUUGGUGGCGUACGCCCGCACAACGCCAGCUCUGCGGACUCCUACGACCCCAUCUCCACAGAUGCCUCUCGGCGCUCCAGUGAGGCCAGCCAGUGCAGUGGCGGUGGCCCGGGGCUGCUCAACCUCACGCCUGCGCAGCAGUACAACCUGCGUGCCAAGUACGCAGCCGCCACAGGUGGCCCGCCACCCACGCCGCUGCCUGGCCUCGAUCGUGUGAGCCUCCGGACCCGCCUGGCUUUACUGGAUGCUCCUGAGCGGGCCCUGCCUGGCGCCUGCCCACAUCCGCUGGGGCCACGGCGUGGCAGCGAUGGGCCUACCUAUAGCCAUGGUCAUGGCCAUGGCUACCUAGGUGCGGCUCCUGCCUUCCCACACGAGGGGCCAAACAGCAGCACGCGGCGGGCCAGCGACCCAGUGCGGCGCCCCGACCCCCUUAUUCUGCCUCGAGUGCAACGUUUCCACAGUACCCACAACAUGAAUCCGGGUUCACUGCCACCCUGCACUGAUCGGCGUGGCCUGCAUGUACAGAGCCACCCCGGUGUAGACGGCAGCCUGACCCGCAACGCCUACUCUCCCAGACCCCCUAGCAUCAAUGAGAACGUAGUGAUGGAGGCCAUGGCUGCUGGGGUCGAUGGUACAGGGCUAGAGUCCGACCUGGGGCUGGUGGAGGAUGAGCUGGUGCUGCCGGAUGAUGUGGUACAGUACAUCAAGGCUCACACCGGUGCUGCCUUGGAUGAUAGCACUCGGCAGGUGUAUCCCACAGAAGGUACGGGCUUCCCUGAGAGCUCGAAACUGCCCAGUCCCGGGCUACAAGGCCACCGCAGGCUAGCAGCUGCCGACUCCAACAUGGGCCCUUCUGCUCCCGGACUGGGGGGCUGUCAGCUGAGCUACAGCCCCUCCUCCAACCUCAACAAGAACAACAUGCCCGUGCAGUGGAAUGAGGUGAGUUCUGGCACCGUGGAUGCCCUACCUACCCAGGCGAAGCCACCUCCUUUCCCUCACAGCAACCUGGCUGUGGUUCAGCAGAAGCCAACCUUCGGCCAGUACCCAGGAUAUAGCCCACAAGCCCUGCAGAGCAGCUCCGGAGGCCUAGACAGCACCCAACCACACCUACAGCUUCGGGGAGCCCCCUCUGCAUCAAGAGGGGGCUACACACAGCAGGUUCGACAGCCGGUCGCAGGUGGUCAGUGCCAGGGUAUGGCGGCAGCCAUGAGCCCUCAGGCCAACUACAGCCAAGCCCACCCCCAGCCGAGCCCAAACGUCAGCGGAUCUCUAAACCAGUUUCCCCCCUCUUGCAGCAAUAUGGUAGCCAAGCCCAGCCACCUGGGACUCCCUCAGCAAAUGGAAGUUGUCCCCAAUGCCACUGUCAUGAGUGGCCAUCAACGGGAGCUUGAGAUUCCCAAUUCAUCCCUGGCUGUGGUGUCACAACAUCACCCAGCCCUGAGCUAUCCCCAGCAGGACAGCUACCAACAGAGCUCCAACCUUCUGUCGCCCCAUCAGCCUAGUUUCAUGGAGUCCCAGCAGAACACGGGCUUUGGUCUCAUGCAACCUCGGCCACCCCCAGAACCCAACACAGCCAGCCGGCACCGUGGAAUACGUUCUGGGCAACAGCAGUUGUAUGCCAGGACCGCUGGCCAAGCCAUGGUCACAUCAGCCAACCAAGAGACAGCAGAAGCUAUGCCCAAGGGAACAGCGGGGACCAUAGUGUCCCUACCUCCUCAGUCAUCUCAGGACACAGGGCAGUCACAGGAUCAGAACACGCUAUACUACUAUGGCCAGAUCCACAUGUAUGAACAGAACGGAGGCUGCCCGGCCAUGCAGCCCCAGCCGCCACAGCCACGACCUUGCUCAGACAGUAUCCAGCCCGAGCCUCUGCCUUCGCCAGGAGUCAACCAGGUGUCCAGCACGGUGGACUCCCAGCUCCUGGAGCCCCCCCAGAUUGACUUUGACGCCAUCAUGGACGACGGCGAUCACUCUAGUUUGUUUUCUGGUGCACUGAGCCCAACCCUUCUCCACAAUCUCUCCCAGAGUUCCUCUCGCCUCACCACACCCCGGAAUCCCUUAACACUGCCCUCCAUCCCUGCGGGCAUCAGCAACAUGGCAGUGGGGGACAUGAGUUCCAUGCUCACCAGCCUGGCUGAGGAGAACAAGUUUUUAAAUAUGAUGACCUAGAGGUCCCGCCUCCCAGCACGGUAGACCUGAGCAACAUUAGCCUCUCGGAAUAUGAGGGUCUAAUGUGUUUCCAUUGCCCAAAGUGUUAAUUAGGCCAGAGAGGGGCUGGGCAAGGGCCAACUCCAAAAGACAGCUCUGGGCCACGCCCAUGGGUCUCUUGCAAAUAUUUUAAGAAAAGAUUAAGGGGCAUCCUUUCUGGUGUCUGGCCUAUUUGGGGGGACACUCAAAGUCUUAUUCAGAGAGAACUCGUUUACAUGAUGCUUGCCAGCCUCCGGUGUUUAUGAGAUUACUAGGUCUGGCUUCUUUGCCUCUGUCAUUCAGCUAAUGAGAGAGUACUUUGGCCAAAGGCUUUCUAAGUACAUGCCCAACGAGAGGAGGGGAGCCACUGUGGGUUUGAAUCUGAGACCGUGCUGGAUACUCUCCGCUCUGAGAAGAUGAGUUCGCCAUCCCACCACCUGCAAGGAAAAGGGAUUGCUGCUUCCCCUGGAUUCUUCCACGAAGCUCGCCAGGAUUGCUCACCACAGAGGAGAAAGGUGCAUCCCCUGGGAUAUCAGAGUCUCCUCAGUGACGGAUAGCAUCUCCAUUUCCUUAGGUCGAGUGGGACCAGCAGAUUUCCUGAAUGGAGAAGAAUUGAUAAAACAUGUAUUUCACUAUGGGGGAGGGGGCUCUCCUGGCCUGUUUACAGUGUUCUAAAGUGUACAGUGAAGCCCCUCCUGGGAAGAAGACUUGUGUCUGCAUACCUUGGGUUGCUGUGGGCUAGGAAUGGACAAGGCCUCAAGGUGAAAGAGGCCUUCCCCAGGAAAAGGAAGUCACAUGUUUACCCGCUCCGACUUCUCCAGUGCACUAUCUGACCACUCUCCUGUGGGAGAUUCUAGGGCUCCUCCACACCGUGCUGGUGACCAGAAGUCAGCCCUGAACCGCCACCUGCAGCCUCCGUAUUUCCGGCCCCCUGACUUCUCCCCGCCUCUCCGGGUUAUUUGGCAUGGACCAGUGAAGACAUGCAUUGUGUUUGUGGAGGAGCAGAAGGUUGAAGGGAUUCAUUCUUGGGCUUCGAGGAAUUGUUAACUGAAUUUGCUUGUUCAGUAUGGUCUGGCUCCAGAUAAGAAAUGGCAUGUGGAAACUGACUCAGAGUCAGUCCAGAGCGCACUGCAGGGUGAACCCAUGCCUCCACCGUCAUACAUGUGCACAUCCCAAACCUGUCCCUUUGAGUUAAUAGAAACUUUGCCAAACCAAACCUCACCCCUCAGAGCUUCCUUUUGACCAUGACCUUGGCCGCGGUGAGGAACUUCUUAACAGAGUCUGGACCCUCUGUGUCCUAGGGCAGCAGACUUCUCUGUUUACAAUCCAGAGACAGGACCGACUCUGAGUGACAGCUCUGGGCCGCGCCCCCGGGUCUGUCCCGGUAUGGGCUCUUUGCCUGACACAGACCCUGGCUUCCCAUUCUCUGUCUGUAUUUUGUGUAGACAUCGUCAUGCCUGAACAGACUGUGGGGGAAUCCAAAUUUGGUCCAGCCAAAUUUAUAUUGCCAAACAUUUUUAACUUUUUCUACAUGCUAUAAAUUGAGAUGACAUGCUCAACUUGUAAAUAAGUCUUUUUUGUACAUUAAAAAUAAUUUUUUCAUAA